AUGCGCGGGGGUUUCGUUGAGGACCCCUUCGAUUCCCGCUCCGCGGCCCACUACCAGGCGCAGCAGCGGCGCCAGGCGGAGCUGCGCCGACAGGAGGAGCUGCGGAAGGAGGAGGCGCGGCGUCAGGCGCACGCAGUCGCGCUCCAGCAGGCGCAGAUGCGGAAGCGGGAGGAGUAUUUGGCGCAGAUGCGCGCGCAGCAGGAAUACCUAGCGCAAAUCGAGGCGCAAAAGAAGGAACAGCAGCUGCUCCAGCAGCAGAAGCGGAAGGAUGCUCUAAACGCCGCCAUUCAGCAGCAGAAGAAGCAACAGCAGCAGCGUUGGAGCGAGGAGUCACUCUCAGAUUCCGACAGCGACGAGUCAAUGCCCGAGCUGGAGCCGAUUUUCGAGGGCGUGUUCGAAAAUUCCCCAAACCACCCUGCAGAGUUGGACCAGGGAUUCGAGCCCGCAGCGCCGCCGCCAGGGGCAGCAUCUCCUAAAACAUCCUCUCCCAAAGAAUCUCCCACGAACUCUACCAAAACGUCUCCCAAAACGUCGCCCAAGAAAACGAGGUGGUUCAGGAAAGCUUCGUCUCCUACGAGAACGCAGUCACCCCAGAAAACGCAAUCCCCAACUCCAGUAGCAGUGAAGGUGAUUCCUGUGACGGACGCGGCAGCAGCCACUGAAGCACAUUCUGAGACGUCUCAAAAGUCGUCUCCAGUACCAGUGAAGGUGAUUCCUGUGGCUGACUCAACAGCAGAGGACGCAGUAGUAGCAGCGCCAUCACCAGCAGCAGCAGCAACACGAGCAGCACCAACAGCAGCAGCUGCAGCACCAGCUGCAGCAGCAGCAGAGCAACCUUCACCGGAGCCACAGACUAGCACAACAGCAGCCAAUAUCGAGGAUUCCACCUCUGUGUCAUCAGACAAAUCGGCUGGUAACGCUGAUGUUAGCAGCCCUUCUAGUGGUAUGUCGGAUGAGCAAGCAGCCGUGGUGAUUCAGUCGGCCUGGAGGGGUCACCAGGUGCGAUCCUCCAAGCCGUUCGAGGUGGCCAAACCUAUUGUUGAGCUUCGGAAGCUGCUUCGGGAGAUGGAGGAGAGGCUCGGGGACAAGGAGUAUGUAGCUAAGGUGGUUACCGAGCCUAUGGAGAAGCUUCGGGCGACGGAGACGAUCAUGUGCUGGCUGUUUCGUCUGGACGGGGUUCAGUCGACGAACCAGGACGUUCGGGCACUGAGACGAGACAUGGCUCGGAAACUGAACCGGCUGUUGGAUCGGGUCGACGCUCUGACUCUCCCCGCACCUGAGGAGGGAGAGAAAGAUUUGACAAAGUGA